AUGUCGAUUACCACGAAGACCUCGCAAGUGUCGGACCUUUCGAGCGAGGCUACAUCACAGAAGCCUUUAGGAAGCACCUUGAGUGGUAGAAAGCCGGUUGAUAAGCGGAGUCUAGAGUAUGUGUUGCGUAGUGGAUUGGCAGGUGGGCUAGCAGGAUGCGCUGCCAAGACCGCCGUAGCGCCGCUUGAUCGCGUGAAAAUUUUGUUUCAAGCAUCAAGCCCAGAGUUUGCUAAGUACUCCGGAAGCUGGUCUGGGCUGGCAAUGGCAAUGCGAGAUAUCAAGCGAUUUGAAGGCACCCGUGGUCUCUACAAAGGCCAUUCGGCGACUUUGCUACGCAUAUUUCCGUAUGCUGCAAUUAAAUUUCUUUCUUAUGAACAAAUUAGAGCAUUGGUCAUUCCUUCGAAAGAUAAAGAGACUCCGUUUCGGCGUUUAAUUUCAGGGAGUUUGGCUGGAGUAACUUCAGUGUUUUUUACAUAUCCACUUGAAGUAGUCCGUGUCCGGUUGGCCUUUGAAACUAAACGGACUGCUCGUUCGUCGUUUAGGACGAUUUGCUGGCAGAUAUACCAUGAGCAAGCUUCGUCGCGCCCUGUCGCAGCGGCUUCCAGCAGUAGCACGUCGGCUUCCAUGGCCACAGCCCAAACAGUGUCUUCUGGUAUCAAGGCUGUCACACCCCGAACAGGUCUAGCCAACUUCUACCGCGGAUUCACCGCCACAGUUGUUGGAAUGAUUCCAUACGCCGGAAUGUCUUUUUUGACACAUGACACAAUCGGCGAUAUUCUACGUACACCAAGCCUUGCUCCACACACAACAAUUCCAAAGUCAGAGAUAUCGCCCUCAUCUAAAAGGCAACCUGGUGAGCGCCGUGUUCAACUUACCGCGUCCGCCGAACUAUUCUCCGGUGCCGUCUCUGGUAUCGUUUCUCAAACCUCGGCAUAUCCAAUCGAGGUUAUCCGCCGACGUAUGCAGGUUGGUGGCGCCAUGGGGGACGGCAAAAGACUCAAUAUGGCUGAGACUGCUCAAAAAAUCUAUUUGGAAAGGGGAUUCCGCGGCUUCUGGGUUGGCCUAACCAUUGGAUACCUCAAAGUCGCUCCAAUGUAUGCCAUUAGCUUCUUUGUUUACGAACGCGCGAAGUGGUACUUGGGAAUUUAA